CAUGUCAUUGCCACCUUUUGUUGUUAAACUCAAUCAUGGGGCGUAUAAUGUUACACAUCAAAUGACAUCAUCUCUCCCUCGAUUUGGUACGGCCAAAUAGAUAAAAUGUUCAUUUGAUGAGGCGGAGUGGCGUUUCUUUCUUGCGUGUGGAGAGGGAACGUGGUGACAGAACUGCACAACUUUAAUGAUCGAAUUGAUGUUAGGUUUGUUUCAAAGGCGAUAAAUAGUCGAAAGGCCAUCAAGUCUCGUCAAACUCAUCCCGCUGGAAUUAGUUCAGGAAAGACAGACGGCAAGGAAAUCAAUUGGCAGUCUUUAUCGGUGCAGGUCAUCGAUUAAAAUGAAAAUUCGAAAUAAACAAAGAUAUCGACAAUUUGUGUAUUUGAUCUGCUUCGUUCAUACGAUCAUUCAAGAAAAUGUUUCUUGUAUUGCAAGAAAUCAGGGUCAAAGACCGCAAAUCGUCUUUCAAGGCGUUUAUGGACUUCCACUCGGAUCGAAUUCGGAUUCUCUUACGAAAUCAUACUAUACCCCACCCAAAUCCGAACAGCAAGAAUUGCAAAAACGAGGCGGGAAGGGAAUGGAUAGACAUUUAUUCGCUUCUGCGGCAGCUGCGACGCUGGCCAUGGGAACAGCAGCGAUGGGGUUGUCCACAUAUUCGAUCCGCUUGAAUGAUUGGCACAAAUACAAAGGAGCAGGAAGAGAUGAAAAAAAGAAGCCGGGGUCGAUUGAUACGAAAGCGGCAAAUAAAGAUAAACGGAAUGAUACGAAAGCGGCAAAUAAAGAUAAACGGAAUGAGAAACAACAAAGUCCGGGUUCGCCAAAGUACUACAAUUCUCAUGUUAUCGUCAACAAUUAUUAUGGCGCACAGAAAUCUCCUCCUCAACCGGCAAAACCUGCUCCUCCUCCACCACCAAAAGAGGAAGCACCUAAGAAGCAAAAGCGUUCAAUAGAACCUGAAGAAAUGCAACUUCCCAUCAGAAAGCGAGCCAAAUUCAAAGGAGCCGGACUGAAUAAAGUACUUUCAGACGUUUCUACUGCUUCUUCACGUGUUGGACGAAGUACAAAAGCGGCAGGAAAAUCACUUGAAAGGAUGGCUAGCAGAACUUCCCCAGUACGAGAAGCAGCAAAAGCACACAUUCCCGCUUCAUCAGGUAGUGAAGCGAUUGUAAAGGCGCAUCAAAGAUCUGCGUCAAAAGCUUCUUCACCUUCCCGAAGGCCAACACAAGGAACCUUACCUUCACAUACCCCACAACCGGAAUCAAAACCUCCUGCGGCGAAUGGAAAGAUGAGUAGGAAAAACGUUGAACAAGUCAACCCCGUCACCGGUAAACAAUAUGCACCCGAUACGCAUUUCUUAGGGCAUGAUAUGUCAAAGCAUGAUAAGUGGGCAAAAUUUGCUGGAAGGGUGGAAGAUUACGGUAAAGUGAGUGCUGCAGCGGGUGCAUUUGCAGCUGGUGGUCUGGCUUUGCAUACGACUGUUUUACAACAUAAUCAUGAUGCCAAAAAAGCCCAUAAAGAAGAAGAAAAGAAAGGAAAGUAGGACAACGGAUUUGUUUUAUGUAAAAGAACUUUUUUGAAUGCAUUUGAACGAUUUGAUUGAGU